AUGAAGAAAAAUUUGGAAAGGAGAAUUUUGUUAGAUAUUUAUAUGAUGUUAUUAGAGGAAUGUAUAAAAGAAGAGUUGCAAAAAGAAGAAGAAUUUUAUAAAACGAACAUAAUAGAGAUAAGAAAAUUUAAAAAUUUGGACGAAGAAACAAAUAAAUUAGAAAAAAUAGAGAGAGAAAGAAGUUCGAAUGUUAUAUCAGAGAAAGAAAAAGAGGAAAUAGAAAAAUGGAAAAAAGAAAAAUGGUUUAUUGAGUUAAUGUUAGAAUGGAAAAAUAAUGAAGAAAAAUAUAUGAUGGAGAUAAAUGAAGAAAUUUUAGCAAAAAAGGAUCAAGGAAGAGUAAUGGAUAUUAUCUUAGAAAGACAAGGCAAUAUAUUGAAAAAACAUUGUGAAAAUAUUUAUAGAAAGUGGAAAGAAGAUGACAACAAUGAAGAAUGGUUUACAAAGUUAGUUAAUAUAUAUGAAAAUGAACAGAAUGAAUAUAAAAAUAGAAUUUAUAAAAAUAGUAUAGUAAAACAAAAAGAAAAUGUGAAAAACAUAGAACGUUGUGAACCAGCAACUGAAUUUAACAAAAAGGGAGAACAAAAAAUGAGAAAAUAUGAAAGGAAUUGUUUAGAGGAAUCAUAUGAAAAGAAUAAUUCUAUAAUAAACAAAAAAAAACUAAAAUGGAAGACUUUAAUAGAAAUAUAUAUGGUAAUAUUGGAGGAAUAUAGAAAAGAGGAGUGGUUAUUUAAUAGAGGAAAAUUUUUAGAAAUCUGUUUAGAAGAAUUUAUAGAAGAAGAUAAAGAAAAAUAUCCAAAACUAAUAGAAAAAGAUUUAGCAAUGUUGAGAGAAGGGAAAGAACACAUUAGUACAUUGAUGAUUGAGAAACAAAAACUUUUAUGGAAAAAAUGGGUAGAAAGAAGCAAAAGAAUGUCAGAGAAAUGGAAAAAUGAAGAAUGGCUUAUUAAUUUGAAAAAAGAAUGGGGAAAAGAACAAGAAAAAUAUGACGAAUUAACAAAAGAAUCAGAAAUAUCAGAUAUAGAAGCAGGAAAAAAUCCUAUGCUAGAGAAACAAAAAAGAAUAUGGAAACGAUGGCUAAAAAAACAAAGAAUGUGGUUUAUACUACAUAGCGAGGAUGAAUGGAUUAACAAUUUAUUGGAAGAAUACGAAGAAGAAGAAGAAAGUAUGAAAAGAAUAACUAAAAAAGAUACGAAAAAAGAGAAGGAAAUUCAUGAAAAUAUAGAAGAAUUGAAGCAAGUAGGAGAUAACGAAAUAGAGAAAAAUAGAAAAAAAAGGGAGAAAUUGAUACAAAAGGUUUUGAUAGAAAUACAUAUGACGCUAUUAGAAGAAUGUAUGAAAGACAAAUGGCAAAAAGAAAAAGAAUAUUUUUUUAAAACAAUGAUGGAAGAGUUGAAAAUACAAGAAAAUUUAGAUGAAAAUGUUAUCAUAUUGGAAAUAAAAAAAAAAAGAAGUAGGAAUGCUAUAUUAGAUAUUGAAAAAGUGGAAAUAGAAAAAUGGAAAAAGAAAAACUGGUUUAUAGAGUUAAUGUUGGAAAUGAAUAACAAGGAAAAAACAUACAUAAAAGACAUAUGUGAAGAUAUGUUAGCAAAAAAGAAUGAAGGUGGAAUUAAAAAUCCCAUGUUAGAAAUGCAAAAAAUUAUAUGGAAAAAACACUGUGAAGAUAUUCAUAAAAAGUGGUUAGAAAAAAAUAAUAAGGAAAUUUUACAACACUAA